AUGAUCGGGCUUGAUUCUGAGCCACUUGUACAAUCAUUAUCAAGCAGUAUUAAUCCAGAUAAUUAUCUUGAUGAGAAAAUAUAUCAAGAAGAAACACCAUCUGAUUCUAGAAUACUCGAUUCUGUCCAAAUUUUAUGUAAUACAGCAAUUGGCUCAGGAACUCUGAUGGUACCAUAUUGUUAUACAUCAGGUGUUGGCUCAUCACUUCUUAUGUCAUUACUUUUUGCCUUCAUAGGCUUUGCUACACUUUCAUUUUUCUGUUUAGCAUCACAUUUCACAAAAACUUACGAUUAUAACGGACUUUUUACUACAACAUUUGGAAAAGGAUACGUUUGGAUUGUACAAACUAUGAUUUUCCUUGUACAAUUCGGAUCAUGUAUAAUUUAUUGCCAUUGGAUUGGCAGAUUAGUUCCAAAAACAAUUAAUCACGAUGACGAUCCAGGAAUACUUGGAAAUCACGUAUUUUGGAUCCUCAUCUUUGCUGCAGUUUUUGUUUUCCCAUUAGUUUGUCUGAAAUCAAUCAAAUAUCUUCAAAACCUUGCAUAUUUAUCAAGCGCAUGCAUCAUACUUUUAAUUAUUCACGCAGGAUACUGGUUUAUUUACGGCCAAGUUAAACAUACAGUUGAUAUUUCGGAAAAAAUCGUUUGGUUUAAAUUUUCACCAGUACUUAUUACAUGCAUGUCAGUAUACUCCAUGGGAUUCAACUGCCACAUGAAUUUAUACCCAACUCUCGAGCAUCAAAAAGAAGCCACAUUUAGGAAAGGAGUUAAGAUCGCUUUCUUUACAGAUCUUGUCGUUUACAUCGUUUACAACGUAUUCGGAAUAUUUACUUACCUUUAUCUUUUCGAUAAUUUGAAGAAUGGAUCAGCACUUGAAGCCUACACACAAACAAACAUACUUACUAACAUAACAGUUGGUGGUAUUGUGUUUGUAAUGAUCCUUUCUGUUCCAAUUGUCAUUUGGGCUGCAAGAAUUUCAAUAAAUGACAUGUUCUGGGGUAAUCAACCAACAACGAUGAGAUGGAUAUUGAUGGCUUUCUUCCUUACGGCAGGAUCUGCUGGUUUCGCUGCUUCAAGUGACAAUGUUAUAUUUUUCUUCGAUAUCGUCGGCGGUUUGUUUACACCAGCCCUCAUUUUCCUUCUUCCAUGUCUGUUUUAUCUGUUGAAUCAGCAUGAUGAACCAUUUUGGAGGAUUUUUGUUGCUUGCUGCAUUUGUAUUUUCACAGUCAUUGUUACGAUUGCUUGCACGUAUCAGGCUAUCUUGGAAGUUGUUAAUGCUUUCAAGAACAAAUAA